UUGCGAUAAAGACUAGUUUCGCUUGCAGAAUGGUUGAAAAUUACGGCGUUUUUGUUAGUGCCUUGAAUGAUCUCUGAAAUAUAUUUUUAUCAAAUGGCAACAUUCAACGAAGUGUCAUUCAAUGUUGUCUGACUGACAUGCGUCAAACAAUCGGAAGUACUUCGUCGCGUAAAUUAUCUCGAGAAACGCGCGGGCGGUCGUUUCCAGAAUAUAUAAUUUUCUUUGUCUCAUUUAGUUUCCAUAUUUAAUUUAUUUGUGGUAAAAAUCCAUAAUAAUAAACCAUGAAAAAAGGAUAUAAAGUGGCAGAUGUGAAAAGGGAGAAGAGAAUCGGCGUUGCCGCCGAAAAUCUGCAAGAAUUAAUUGAAAAAUCAUGCAAAAAACUCGGUUUCAAUGCCAGGUGCGCGGCGCUGUACGUAGCGGAGGACGGGACGCAGGUUUCGGACGACGAUUACCUGGACACGCUGCCGCCGCAGACUCUCUUCAUAUUGUUGAAGGACAAGGAACAAAUGGUAACUGACUUUGACCACUACUACAGCCUAAUCCGCUCAUCCAAGAAGGAAUACAUCGACACCGGACUGGCCGCCAAGGAGUUCCUCACCACGAACAUCAAGGAGAAGUUCAAGGUGUUCCAGAAGUACAUUGCGGCGGCUGAUGAUGCGCGAACUAUGCUUAGCGAACGCUCGCAGGAUCCUAAGUGGUUCGAAAGUCUAGAACCUUCAGAAAAGACCAAAGAGCAGUCAAUGUGCAAACGCGUCAAAGAGCGCAUGCGGGGCUAUUUCUACAAAACAAAGUCAGCCCUCCAAUCCUCUGACCUCUACACGCAUUCCAAGCACAGCCGCGGCAAAAAACUAGUCGACCAGUUCCUAGCAGACCUACGUAAGUUACUCGAAAGCGAUAAAUACAAUCAGGACUACUUCAAUAGAAAAGCAGAGAAAAAUCGCCUCUGUAACGAACAAGGUCUAUUCCAAUGCGGAGGUCUCUAUAACAACACAUCAUGCUCUUACAAGGACGACCAUGUCAUCAACCCUUAUAGAAGCCGAGAGGAACGCAUAAUAUUCCAAACAUGGAACUUAGACCACAAGAUUGAACUCUCCCGCUCCAUUAUACCCCAAAUAUUGAAGGCUAUAGAAGCAGUCUACUCCGGGGAAGUCACUUGUGUUCUAUGUGAACAUAGUAGCGAUGGAACAGUCGAAGCGGACAGAUAUUAUUUGCAGAUAUUCACACGGGACAACCUGAAGUUGGUGCAUAUCGUGUGCCAUUAUAAAGGUAAGCAUGACGCGGAGUCUGGGGUAUAUACUCUUUGCAAAAAGUGCAGUGCACAUAGCAUUGAAAACAAGUAAAUUAUGGUAAACUUACGUGACAUGUGGCGCUGUUUAUUUACACUAGGCGUGUAGAAAGUAUUGGCUUGCCCUGGUUUUACUUAAAGAUUAUAAUGUUUACCUACCUUUACGUUUGAAAUUAAACGUCAAAUUUAAGCGAUGGUUGUCCUUUACAACCCGAAAAGGUUACGUUUAUUAUUACAUCCACAAUUUAUGUCCCAAAGAUUAUUAUGAACGAGUGUUUAAAAAAAACCCCCACACAAUAUGGUCUCACUGAGGGGACAAACAGAUCAAUUUUUGAAACACUUUCAUGUUUCAUUUCUUGAAACGUGUAUACAUAUAAUAUAAUAUAUUUAGCUAUUAUUGUUAAAGGUAUAUAUUUCCGUAUAUAACAAGAAGGUUUAAAUGAAGUUAAAUAUCAAGAAUACAUACCUAUUUUUGCUACAUUCAUGAACUCAUGCUAACCUGUGAUAGGAUUGCAAGUUAUUUAAGGUUAUACUUAUAGCGGUCUGACCGCGUCGGUAGCCAAAGGUUGCUUUAACUGUCUAAAAAUAAAUUGUGUAGCGUUGUAUAAUUAUAAUACUUAAAAGUUAUCAAGACGAAUUUAAUGACAUUUGAAAAGUAGUUUGCCCUGUGUAAGAAAUAAAUAUUAUUAAUUAUAUUAGAAUUAAUUGUUAAAUCACCUAGAACCGUUAGGUAAAAGUAGACUCUUCUGUGUUAUUCCCUACUAAGUUUUACUAGAUAACAAAUGGAGUAAAAAAGCUAUGAUUGACGAAAUAUAGCUUGCACCGUUCUUUCGAACAAUUGAUGUCUCAGGUCUGUUUAAUUUUUUUUUAUGUCACUGGAAACAUUUUCUUUUUGCUGCUAACAAAGUGUUGUUAACAUGGUAAUAGAUAUACAUCAUACAUAUUAAAAACC